AUGACGGCUGCCUGGGCUGUCUCUAACGCGGCUUGCGAUGAUGGGCCGAUCUACUGUGCGUGCAAGUUCGUUCUGUGCCACGUCUUGAUCACGUCGGUGCAGAGGACUCCCGCCCCCUCCUUAUCCCACCGCUGCGCCUCUGCCGUGAAGAUGACCCCAGCUGAUUGCCGCACAUCAUCUAUGGUUAAAACUGCAUGCUCCAUUGCGAUUUUCAGCGGGCUGUUGCUCGGAAUCGCACUGCCUGUCAACGGAUCGGAGCUUCGCAAAACCGCCAUCGUUACGGCCGUUCAGUCGGCCCGAUCGUCGGUUGUGAACAUCCGUGGUGAAAAGACCGUUCAUGCCGAGGGAAUCGGCCAGGCGGUGGAAGCCGACCGCCGUGUGAACGGGAUGGGUACCGGGGUGGUUAUCGACCGCCGUGGGUACAUCAUUACGAAUCACCACGUCGUCGACGGCGUGCAUGAAAUCCAGGUCACGCUCGAUAGCGGGGCCCAGUACACCGCACAGUUGAUCUCGUUCGAUGCCUCGACCGACUUGGCGGUCAUCAAGAUCGACGUCGCUCGGGCCCUGCCGGUGAUCACCGUUGGAACUUCUUCGGAUUUGAUGCCUGGCGAAACCGUCAUCGCUGUCGGGAAUGCUUACGGUUACGAACACACGGUAACCCGCGGCAUUCUCAGUGCACUGAAACGCACGGUGCAGGUGGGGGAAGGCCAACAGUACGACGACCUUCUGCAGACCGAUGCCAGCAUUAAUCCCGGUAACUCGGGCGGACCGCUCCUGAAUAUCGAUGGCGAAAUGAUCGGUAUCAAUGUGGCCGUGCGAGCCGGGGCGCAAGGCAUCGGGUUUGCAAUUCCGGUUGAUAAAGCAAUGCGGGUGGUCGCUGAGUUGAUGAGCACCCGUCAAGUGAAUAAGACGUGGCACGGUGUGGUUGGAGUGGACGAAUACAGCCCUUCACAGCAAGGGUUGGCCAUCAAAGUCUGCGAGCAGGGCAGUCCUGCCAAUCAGGCGUCACUACAGAAGGGCGAUAUCAUCGUCCGCGUCGAUGGUGAGGAGAUUACCCGACAGCUAGACUUCGAACUGGCUUUGCUUGCGGCAGAGUCGGGUGAGGAAGUGAAACUGAAGGUGCGUCGCGGGGGUGAGCAGAUCGAAAUCCCCCUGGUCGUUCGCGCCGUGCCAAAAGACCAGGUCGAGGGCGACGAUCCCAUCUGGAACACGCUGGGAAUGGAACUAACUUCCAUCAGUCCCAACGAUUUCCGCCAAUACCGCUCGGGUUACCGUGGAGGCCUUUCGGUGGCUGCGGUCCGGCCGAACAGCCCGGCCUCUCGACAGGGGAUCCGCCGCGGCGACGUCCUGGUGGGCAUGCACGUGUGGGAAACAGUCACUCUCGACAAUGUGAGCUGGGUGCUGAGUCGCCCUGACUUCGACCAACUCGAUCCGCUGAAGUUCUACAUUCUGCGAGGCCGCGAAACCCUCUACGGUCAUAUGACCGGUGAUUGCCGCGAGAAUUUGCUCGCCCGCAGUUGGCGAUUCUCUUGUAUUCGCGAUUGCCAACAUGCCAUCGGAAGAGCGUUCUUCAGUCGUGGGCGAUUGCAGACGGCACCGAUUCCCAAUCAUAAUCAGGCGUGCGGCUGUGAUUUUUGGGCUGGUGCUGUGUCGGGCGAGGUUGUCUUGCAAUCUGAGUUGGAAUUCAUCGAGUGGCUUCGUGAACACGUCCCGUCGCACUCUCGUUGCGACCUGCCCUUGGGCGACGACUGUGCACUGGUCUCUGUGAAGGACUCCACCGUGGUGACAACCGACAUGUUGGUCGAUGGGGUUCACUUCGUCGCAGCCGAGGUUUCUGCCCAGCGAAUUGGUCGUAAGUUGCUGGCGGUGAACCUGAGCGAUCUGGCGGCCAUGGCGGCCACCCCAAUUGCCGCGGUUGUUUCAAUCGCCCUCCCGCGCCAGGGUGGCUAUCAACUGGCGCUUGAACUCUACGAAGGGCUUCUUCCGCUAGCCAAGCAGUACGAUGUGGCCAUCGCUGGAGGAGAUACUAAUGUGUGGGACGGCCCUCUCGUGGCGAGCAUCACUCUUUUCGGCGAUCCGCAUCCUAGGGGCUCGCUCCGCCGAGAUGCGGCUAAGCCUGGCGAUGCGAUCGUCGUGACUGGGCAGUUGGGCGGCAGCUUGCUGGGGCGGCAUUUCGAUUUCGAACCGCGCGUGAAGGAAGCUGCACUGUUGCGUGACAAAUACGACCUGCAUGCCGGGAUGGAUAUCACCGACGGGUUGGCGAUUGAUCUAUCGAGAAUCAUCGCAGCCAGCGGUUGCGGGGCGAUUAUCGACGUUAACUCGGUGCUCAUCGCCGAGGCGGCCCAAGAGCUUGCCCGGCGUGCUAGUGACGAGCAAAGCGGAUUGCAACACGCGCUUCACGAUGGGGAAGACUUCGAACUCUUGUUGACGCUUUCGCCCGAAGAGGCACAACGCAUGGCGACCGAUCAGCCUCUGGAGAUUCCCAUCACCAUCGUGGGUGAAGUCACCCGCGACGGCGGGUUACCAACAUCGAACCUCACCAUGACGACUCCCACAUUUGCUUUCGAAGCCGUAGAUGAAUCGGCCACCGAACAGUUCGCGGGGGUGCUUGCCCGAGUGUUGCCCGACGGGUGUGUGAUCGCCUUGCGCGGAACGCUCGGAGCGGGAAAAACUCGUCUGGUUCGCGCACUUGCGGCCGCCUGUGGAGUCCCUGCUUCGACUGUGACUAGCCCCACCUUCACGCUAGUGCAUGAGUACCAAGGUGAACGGAGCUUCUUUCACCUGGACGCCUACCGCAUCGAAAGCGAACCUGAGUUUCUAGAGCUUGGGGUUGAGGAGUUCUUCGAUUCGUCGGCCAUUACCAUCAUCGAGUGGGCAGACCGCGUGCCAGGCUGUCUUCCAGACGCCUAUCUCGACAUUGAGAUCGAAGUCACCGGCCCCGACUCCCGGCGGUUUCAUGUCAGUGCGGUCGGGUCUGGGCUUGGGGGGAUAGUCCAGCAACUCGCUGUUGAACUGCCCGGGUAA